UAGAUCUGAAACUAACAAACAGCCAUCGGUUAGCAAGCGUAGUUCUCCAGUUUUAAAGACGACAACAUGGUGCCUGCUGCGGUGCUCUUUCUUUUAACUAUCAGUUCUGUCUGUGGAGAAGCUGCAGCAAGGAAACUUGUCUAUGUGACUGUGUUGUUUCGGCAUGGUGACAGGUCUCCAGUCAAAGCAUACCCUACCGACCCACACCAAGAGAGCAGCUGGCCACAAGGGUUUGGACAGCUUUCACAGAUGGGGAUGCAGGAGCAGUUUGGUCUGGGCCAGUUUCUGAGGAAACGAUACAAAGGAUUCCUUAACGACUUCUAUGACAGACACGAGAUCUACAUUCGCAGCACAGACCAGGAUCGCACCCUGAUGAGUGCCGAGGCCAACCUUGCAGGUCUCUACCCGCCCACUGGUCACCAGGUCUUUAAAGAAAACUUGAUGUGGCAGCCAAUCCCUGUACACACAGUGUCGCAAAGUGAAGAGAGGCUACUCUCUUUUCCUUUGGGUGACUGUCCUCGCUACGAACAGUUGAUGAACGAAACUAAACGCACGGAGGAAUUUAUUAAUGUCACCAAUACAUACCAGGACAUUAUAGAUCUGGUGAAGAAGAAAACCGGACUGAAUGAGAUUAAUGUGGAAUCAGUCUUGAGCGUGUAUGACGCACUCUUCUGUGAGUCCCGUCACAACAUGUCCGCUCCUGACUGGGUGACUCCUGAUGUCAUGGAGAAGCUCAGAGUGCUCAACGACUUUAGUAUUCAGGUUAAAUUUGGGGUCUACAAACAACAAGAGAAGAGCCGGCUGCAGGGAGGUAUCCUGCUGGGUGAAAUAGUAAAAAAUCUUUCCAAGAUGUCCGCCCCAGACCAGAAUCAGAGACUGAAAAUGAUAAUGCUAUCAGCGCAUGACACCACUGUAGUCGCUCUUCAGGCCAGCUUGAAUGUGUUCAAUGGAAUUGAGCCGCCAUUUGCCUCCUGUCAAAUAUUUGAGCUGUACAGGAACAAUGACUGCUCUUUUUCAGUGUCGAUGUUCUACCGGAAUGACAGCACAGUGGAGCCGUACCCUCUGCAGUUACCAGGCUGCUCCCUUGACUGCCCCCUAGAUGAGUUUAUGAGAAUUACAAAGUUCUCUAUUCCAGAAGACAGGGACAAAGAGUGUCAAGUACAUUCUGAAGGCAGAGAUAAAGCUCCUUUUUCCACACCCACAGAGGAUCCAAUGCCUCCACAGGGAGCUGCUGUUUCAAUGGAACUGAACCAAGUCUCAAGUAUCAAAGAAAUCUUUAACUACAACCAGGCAGUGUUGAAGUGUACCAUUACUGGACAGGACCAGAAUGUGUUAAAUCAAAUUCAAAUCACUUGGCAAAUCGAUGGAUCCCCUGUGACCAACUACAUCCAAACAACACAGUCGGCAGGCAGCAGAGUCAGCACAAUGACUCUUACCCGAGAUGAGUGGAUGAGAUCCAGAGAGGUGCGCUGUUCUGCCAAGAAAGACGGCAUGACACCAGUUAUUCAAAUUCUGACCUUCUGCGAAAGAGAUGGGAACAAUCCAGAAGUAACAGUCCACGUUCUCCAAGAGGAGGACAUCAAAAAUGAGGUCACUCUGGUGUGUCUGGUCUUCAAUCCGGUGCAGCAGGAUUACUACAUCACCUGGUUAGAAGAAGAUGGAAACAAACCCUCCUACUAUGCUGAAGGCAUUAACUUCACCCCAGUGAAGUCCCAACAAGGAUACUCAGUUGCAAGUGUUUACACCACCACCAAAGACAAGUGGGACAAGUCCUACACUUUCUCCUGCCAGACAUUUUCUGGUAGUUGCAAGAACCCUACAAUAUCCACGGCAUCUAAGGCCCAAAAUAACGCCGUUGAAUGUGAGAUAUGAUAGAAAUGUAAAUGUUAGAUUCAGCUUUAAACUUGGCAGUUUGUACUAAUGUGUUCUGUCUCUGUGUGUACUCUGCAAUGAGAACCUGUUUUUGUGAUUGUAAAAUGGUCAAUUUACUAUUGUUUGUCAUACUGUUUCAAUCUGUCUACGUCACGUUGUCUAACAGCUUGAGAAGUGUGCUGACUG